AUGCCCCGGAGCCCCACGUCCAGCGAGGAUGAGAUGGCCCAGAGUUUCUCCGACUACUCCAUGGAAUCAGAGUCCGACAGCUCCAAAGAGGAGACCAUCUACGAGACCAUAAACGCCACCACGGAGCGGCCACGCAGGAGGAUGGAGGACAUCCAGAGCAACACCCUGGUCAUCCGCGUGGUCAUUCCUGACCUGCAGCAGACCAAAUGCAUGAGGUUGAACCCCGACGCCACCAUAUGGGUUGCCAAGCAACGGAUCCUGUGCACGCUGAACCAGAGCCUUAAAGACGUGCUGAACUAUGGGCUCUUCCAGCCCGCCGGGAACGGCAGGGACGGCAAGUUUCUUGACGAGGAGCGUCUCCUGAGAGAGUACCCACAACCCAUCAGCAAAGGGGUCCCAACACUCGAGUUUCGCUACAAGAGCAGACUUUACAAGCAGCCAAACAUCGACGAGAAACAGAUUGCCAAACUUCACACAAAGGCCAACCUGAGGAAGUUCAUGGACCACAUCCAGCACCUGCAGACGGAGAAGGUCUCCAGGAUGCUGGAGAGAGGACUCGACCCGAACUACCAUGACUCCGAUACCGGGGAGACCCCCCUGUCCUUUGCGGCCCAUCUGGACAACGUGGAGAACGUCAUCAAGGCCCUGAAGAACGGGGGCGCACAUCUGGACUUCCGGGCUAAAGACGGCCUCACUCCCCUGCACAAGGCAGCCAAGUCCAAGAACCAAGUGGCCUUGACGACGCUGCUGGAGCUGGGGGCCUCGCCGGACUACAAGGACAGCCGGGGCCUGACAGCGCUCUACCACACCGCCAUGGUGGGGGGGGACCCCUACUGCUGUGAGCUGCUGCUGCAUGAGCAGGCCUCCGUCAGCUGCCAGGACGAGAACGGCUGGCACGAGAUCCACCAGGCCUGUCGGUAUGGACACGUCCAGCACCUGGAGCACCUCCUGUUCUACGGUGCGGACAUGAGCGCACAGAACGCCUCAGGAAACACAGCCCUGCACAUCUGCGCGCUGUACAACCAGGAUAACUGUGCCAGAGUUCUUCUCGUCCGUGGAGGCAACAAGGAGGUGAAGAACUACAACAGCCAAACUCCAUUCCAGGUGGCCAUUAUAGCAGGGAACUUUGAACUGGCAGAGUUAAUUAAGAACCACAAAGAGACUGACAUAGUGCCUUUCCGAGAGGCACCGGCGUACUCGGGCCGGCGGGGGGGUCUCAGGAGCACGCUCUCGGCCCCCCGGGUGCUGCUGCGCUCCAACAGUGACAACAACCUGAACGCCUCGGUCGCCGCGCCGGACUGGUCUCCGGCCGCCGCCUCGUCUGCCGGGUCCUCGGCCCUCCCUUCCCACUGCAGCCUCUCCCCUCGCCUGCUCCAGCAGAUGCAGAGCAGACCCAAUGGCACAGUGAAGACCAUGGGCCGGGGCUCCCGCGCUCCCCGCAGCCGCUCCCCCUCCCUCAACCGGCUGGGGGAGGAGGGCCGGAGACAGCCCCCCCAGCGCCACGUCAGCCCCAGUGCCAACCGCGAGGCCCAGUCCCCGCUGGACUUCCAGGGCUCCAAGCGCAAGCUGUACAGCGCUGUCCCGGGGAGGCACUUUGUGGUGGUGCGGUCCUACCAGCCUCAGGGGGAGGGAGAGAUCAACCUGUACAAGAACGACAGGGUCAAAGUUCUGAGCAUCGGUGAAGGAGGAUUCUGGGAGGGUAGCUCGAGGGGGCACGUGGGCUGGUUCCCGGCGGACUGCGUGGAAGAGAUCCCCACCAAGCCCAGUGAGGAGAGACCACAAACCAGAGCUGAUAGAUCGGACAGGAGGAAACUAUUCCGACACUACACGGUCGGGUCCUAUGACAGCUUUGAUGCAUCAAGUGACUGCGUUGUCGACGAGAAGACCGUGGUUCUGCAGAAGAAAGACAAUGAAGGAUUUGGAUUUGUGCUGCGGGGGGCCAAAGCCGACACACCCAUCGAGGAGUUCACCCCCACCCCGGCAUUCCCGGCCCUGCAGUACCUGGAGUCAGUGGACGAGGGCGGGGUCGCCUGGCAGGCUGGGCUCCGGACCGGAGACUUCCUCAUCGAGGUCAACCAGGACAACGUAGUGAAGGUGGGUCAUCGGCAGGUCGUCAACAUGAUUCGACACGGAGGCAACCAGCUGGUUAUCAAAGUGGUGACGGUCAGCAGGAACAUGGACCCAGAGGAUACGGCUCGCAAGAAAGCACCCCCACCUCCAAAGAGGGCACCAACAACAGCGUUGUCCAUGCGUUCGAAAUCCAUGACUUCUGAGCUGGAGGAGCUAGUGGAUAAAGCCACGCUGAGGAAGAAGAAGGGAGACAAAGUGGACGAGGUCACGGCCUCACCAAGACAGACGCGUGACAACGUUUCCGUGGAUAUGAGGGUCGCCACCAUCAAGCCACGCCCAUCCAGUCGGUGUUUCGCUGCGCCCGCAAGCCCGGAAAUGAACUCGCUGUAUGAUCGCCAGGGCGUGGCUGUGGUGCCCCCAACUGUGCCGGGGAGUGCCAGAGGAGGCUACCUAGGCGUGCCAAAAGGCACUAUGAGGAGGCAGAAGUCCAUAGGUAAUGUUUCUGUAACCUUCAUCUCCUGUAUAACAGAAGAGGAGAAACAGUUCCUGACCCCGCCUUUGCUGAAAUUUACCAGAAGCCUUUCCAUGCCCGACACGUCGGAGGAUAUCCCACCUCCGCCCGCAAUCUCUCCGCCCUCCCCUCCGUACAAUGCCCCCAAGUCGCCCACAGGAAGGGGCUACGGCACCCUGCGGCCAGGCUUCAACCAGAACUCGGCCCCCAAGGGCCCCUCUGCCAACCGAGGGGACCCCAACAUGGGCACCAUACGGCGGGACAAGGGCGCGUACUUCCGGCAGGAGUCGGAGCAGUACGAUGCGGACGAGGCCUACGAGCAGAAUGCCUCGGCCCAGCAGAACUACCGCGCCCGCAGGGCCCAGGUGCCAGAGAACCCGUACUCAGAGGUGGGCAAGCUGGGCAACAAGGGUCUGUACGUGCCUGCCAAGCCCGCCAGGAGGAAGGGGAUGCUGGUGAAGCAACCCAACGUGGAGGACAGCCCAGAGAAGACCUGCUCCAUCCCCAUCCCCACCAUCAUCGUCAAGGAGCCCUCCACCAGCAGCAGCGGGAAGAGCAGCCAGGGCAGCAGCAUGGAGAUCGAGGGCUCCACCCCAGACCAGCCGGGCCAACUGCGGCCAGAGGACGGCCUGGGCCUCAACAACCCCUUCGCGGCGGCCAUCGCGGGUGCUGUUCGCGACCGUGAGAAGAGGCUGGAGGCCCGGCGGAACUCGCCCGCCUUCCUGUCCACUGACCUGGGCGACGAGGACGUGGGGCCCACCCCGGCGCCCCGCCUCCGGCACUCGAAAUCCAUUGACGAGGGCAUGUUCAGUAACGAUGAGCGCCUGCGUAGGCUCAUGGCCCCGCCCGCCCCCCUGGUCGUACCCCAGGGAGGGGGCAAUGUGACCGACUUCAACACUCCCGAGCCCACGCUGGUGAGAGAGCCUCUGAGCACCAGGACGGGAAACAGCCCCAACCUGGACAGCCCUGUCAGCCUGCCAGCCACCAACAACUACAGCUCCAACGGGGGCAGCUACAUGCACCCGGUAACCGGGAAAGCGCUGGACCCCAACUCCCCCCUGGCUCUCGCUCUGGCCGCCAGGGAUCGCGCCAUGAAGGAGCAGGCCCAGCCAGCACCGACCAAAAACGAGCCCCUCAAGUCCGACCUCAACAAGCCCCUCUUCAUCGACACCAAGCUGCGGCCCAACCUGGAGACCGGCUUCUCCGUCACCGCCACCUUGGGCCGGCCGGGCCGCGGGGCACUCAGGCGGCAGAUGACCGAGGCCAAGUACGAGACGGAGCCUCCCAAGGAGGACCCGAAGCUGGAGGAGAAGAAGAACAUGCUGAUCGACAUCGUGGACACCUCGCAGCAGAAGACCGCCGGGCUCCUCAUGGUCCACACGGUGGAUGGGACCAAGGUGGAGGAGAGCAGCCUGAAGGAGGGCGAGGGGCUAGAUGCGGCGGGGUCCGACAAUGCCCCGUCGGAGCUGCGGGAUCCCAACCAGCCGGCCGCCCCCGACCUCGCCGAGCCCUCGGCCCUUAACCCCCAGUCCGCCGCCCCCCGGGGCAAGACCAUCAUCACCAUCAGCUCGGUUGACGAGCCCGUCAAGCUGCCCUUCCGCAUCCCCCCGCCGCCCCUGGCCUCCGUCGACAUCGACGAGGAGUUCGUGUUCUCGGAGCCGCUUCCGCCCCCGCUGGAGUUCGCCAACAGCAUCGACAUCCCCGAGGACCAGGCGGGGGCCAUCGCCGAACUGCUGAAGCAGAGGAAAAAUGGGGCCGGGGGAAACACCCUAACCCUCAACCACCCCCACGCGCUCAUGGCGAUGGCCGCAAGCCUCGAGCCGAAAAAGGCGGCGGGGCUCUCGAACUGCGUGCCCCCGAGCUACCCGCCGCCGCCCCCCGACGGCCCCGAGCACGUCAGCGACUCGGGCAUCGAGGAGACGGACAGCCGCAGCGACCCUCCCCUGGAGACAACCAGCACUAUCUCAACCGUGUCCAGCAUUUCCACCCUGUCCUCAGAGGGCGGGGACACCCUGGACAUAUGCACUGUCUAUGCAGACGGGCAAGCGUUUCUGGUGGACCGACCCCCCGUCCCGCCCAAGCCAAAAAUGAAGCCCAUCAUCAACAAAAGCAAUGCACUUUACAAGGACGCCCUUAUCGAGGAGACCCUCGAGACCAUGGGGCUGACUCCCCCCGCCCCGCCCCCGCCCCCGGGAGAACCCCCCAAAACCCCAACACAAAGGACCUCAAAGCUCUGGGGAGAUCCGCCCGAGCUCAAGAGCCCGCCCACCCCUGACCCCAAGGCCACUGUCAUUAACGAACUCAACUCCUUCCUGCUUCAAAUGAACAGAGAACGGCCGCCCAAGCCAGGGGAGCCUCUGGAUUCCCCCACGGGGUCCAGGACUAACUUUGGAACAAGGGGUCCAGAGGGCACGCCCCCACCCUCAGCCACUCAGCGAAACUCCACGGUCACCUUCGCCCCCCGGCCGGGCAACCACCCUCCCCCGUCUCCGGGCCGGCAGGCGGACAGCAUGCCCCCUCACCCCCGCGCCCCCAGCCCCCUGUCGUCCCCUCCAGACUCGGGCCCCGGUCGCGCCGCGUCCCUCCCGGCCUCGUCCCCCACGCUGUCGGACGUGUUCGGCCUCCCCACGCCCCCGCUGGGCCUGGGGUCCGGGAGAAGCCGGUCGCCCUCCCCCCUCACGCUCAUCCAGGCCGCCUCCAACAAGCCCUUCGCCUCCAAACCCGUCCUCCUGUGGACCAAGCACGAUGUAGCAGACUGGCUGGAGAGCCUGAACCUGACCGAGCACAAGGCCGCCUUCAUGGACAACGAGAUCGAGGGCGCCCACCUGCCCAACCUCCAGAAGGAGGACCUGAUAGACCUGGGCGUGACUCGAGUGGGCCACCGGAUGAACAUAGAGCGGGCACUUAAGGUGCUGCUCGACAGAUAA